AUGCCAUCCCCGUCUACCUCGUCCAAAUUCCGCCAUGUGUCUCGAUCCGCUUCCAAACGCAAGCUCUCUGCAACCGAACGCUGGUUGCAGGUCGUGCAGCUCAUCGAAGACGAAUCCGAACCAUCGCUGACUUCCAUCAUUCUGAAAGUCCUUCACGACAAAUUUGAAGAGAUGCUCGUGGAUCAAAAGGAUAAGAUCUUCAAACAGCUGACCUCCGAGAUCAAUCGUUUGAAGCGCGAGCUGCGUGACAAGUCCAAAGAUACCCUUCGCGAAGUGAUUCGAGAAGAGGUCGACGACGAUGCCCACUCAGACGAGGAUGAACGCGGGAAGACAAGGCCCCAGGAGCUCCGGAGAGGACUUGCCGCUUCUUCCCGGACUUCCAGCACUACGUCUACCACUGUUCAACUGACCCAGUUUGACCAGAAGCUCGACGAGGUGAUUGAUGCCAUCGACAGAGUCACCGUUCCCAUCAUGCGUGAUGUUAAAGCGGCCGUUAAUACUGUUGAGAAGAUGUCUGGAAGCGUCAACGAACGUGUAAACUCUAUUUUUCUGCGUCAAGUAGAGUUCGCCGGGCGCCUCGAAGAGCUGACGAAGGUCGUGCUGAUUCAGACGGACACUGUGCAGAAGCGCGACAAAAACCUUGUGGACGUGCUGAACAAAGCAGAUGAUCACUUCAGUAACAUUGCGAGACGGUUGGGAGGCAGUUUGGACACGCUGGGGCUCCCGGGCUCAAAUGAGAGUUCCCAGGACACGUACGUUAACAGUAAUGCAGCACAGUCUCGACCCCCGCCAUCGCGUCCUGCACACGUUGGCCCGCAGUCACAGUCUGUGGUUGCUCCUAGAAAUUCAGCAAACAUUUUGUCUACGCAACAAACCUCAUCCUCGUCAUCUACACGUCCGCAGGGAGGCCUUCUGGACGAGGGUGGUCUUGCUACUCAACCGGAUAAUACCCAAGUCUCUCAGGCAUCUAAUUUAUCUCGCUCGCUGAAAGCCCCGUCAUCCACUUUCACUAAAUCAAAUAACCGAUCCAGUAUCGC